UCUUUAUACCUCCACAGAUAGAAGACAUCCGGAUUUGAAUAUCUUUUUUCCAUGAAGUAAACAACUGACUAAUUCAAGCAGGAAAGAAACUGCAGAUAUAAAUAAUGGUGAAAUCUUGACAUAGAUGGAGCGGGGUCUUUUUCUGAAUUGAUCAUAUCCAAUUUUCCUUUUUGUUUUCAUUUUUGGUCCACUUCUCUAGAAAGUGACCUUGUAGCAAGGACCAUCAGCAGAAGGAGACUAUGUCUUGUUCCAUUUUCAGAUCAAGACCCCCCAUUCCUUUAUUCACGUUCAUAAGCCUGUACGGAAAUGAAAAUUUCCCGCCCUGUCCUCCUUUUCUUCACAAUCCUUUUGUUUCAUCUUCAUCUCUGUUUCGCCGAUGAUGCCCUCGAUGAAUUCAAAGCUUGCGGUGUGAAUUACAACUGCGGUGAAUUGGUUAACAUCUCCUAUCCAUUUUGGGGGAAUGAUCGCCAAUCCUUUUGCGGUCGCCGAGAAUUCGGCCUCAGUUGUAAAGACAACGAAACCACUGCGAUUGAAAUCAAUUCUCGGCAAUAUAUUGUUGUGAACAUCAGUCAAUCGGAUCAUAGAAUGACGAUCGCAAGGUCAGAGCUGUUCAAUGAUUACUGCCCUAACAACGAAAUUGAAACGGCGACGUUGGAUUUUAGUUUGUUCAAGUAUUCUUCGAACGAUCUGAAUCUGUCCGUGUGGUACGAUUGUCCGGUGCUGCCGGGAACCCAGAAUCUCUCAUUUGAGUGUGGAUCGGAGGGGGAAAAAAGUGGGAGAAUGAAUUAUGCUUUGGAUAAUAUUGAAGCGGUGAGUUUGAGUCCAUUAAGCGUAGGUUGUAGGAUUAAAAUUGAAGUGAUGAUUACGUCGAAGUUAUUUAAGGAAGGGAAAAGGAACAGAACGAUGGUGGUGGAAAGGGGAAUGAAAGAAGGGUUUGAAGUUGAAUAUGGGGAUUUUUACACCGUAGCUUGUGAGGGAUGUAAGGAAUACGGCGGCGGCGUGUGUAGUCGAAACGAGACGGAAGAAUUUCUGUGCAAAUGUGAAAAUGGAGAAUUACAUCCUUUUGUUUGCAGACCUCCUCCGGGAAAAAGAGAAGAAUUGGUAAAGGUCAUCGUAGCUACAUUUUUGGGAACCGGUGGUCUGAUAAUCUUUAUAAUCAUCAUUGCCAACUACUACACGAGAAAAGCCAGAUCAAACGAUGACAAAAUUGAGGAGAGUAUAAGAAGAUAUUCCGCACUAUUGCCCCAACAAUAUAGUUACUCAAAGUUGAAGAAAAUCACAAACUCCUUCAAGAACGAACUUGGCCAAGGAGGAUUUAGCAUUGUCUACCGAGGAAAGCUACCUGAUGGACGUGACGUGGCUGUCAAACUUUUGAAUGAGUCCAAAGAAAAUGGCCAAGGUUUCAUUAACGAAGUUGUUAGCAUCACCAGAACUUCGCAUGUAAAUAUAGUCUCACUCUUAGGUUUUUGCUACGAAAGGAAGAAAAGAGCUCUGAUUUAUGAAUAUAUGCCUAGAGGGUCAUUAGACCAAUAUAUAUCCCACAAAGGGCCACACAGAAACAAUGGAGUUGGAUUAGAAUACUUGCACCGUGGUUGCAUAACAAGGAUUUUACAUUUUGACAUUAAACCACACAACAUACUUUUGGAUAGUGAUUUUUGUCCCAAGAUCUCAGACUUUGGACUUGCCAAACAAUGUAAGGCUAGAGAAAGUCAUGUAACGAUGACAGGCGUGAAAGGGACGGUAGGAUUUAUUGCACCUGAAGUAAUAUUCAGAAACAUUGGUAAUGUAUCUCACAAGUCUGAUGUUUAUAGCUAUGGAAUGGUAGCUCUUGAAAUGGUGGGAGCAAGAAAGAAUCCAAAUGAUGGAUUGGGGCAAAACAGUGAAGAGUUCUUUCCUGAUUGGAUAUAUAAAACUCUUACACAAAGUGAAAUAGAUGAUGGCUGUUUGUGGGGAAACACAGAAGAAGAAAAAGAGAUGACAAGAAAAAUGAUAAUCGUGGGACUACAUUGUAUUCAAACACUGCCCAACGACAGGCCGUCGAUGACCGAUGUUAUUGCAAUGUUGGAAGGCAGUGUUGAUGGCCUACAAAUUCCACCAAAACCCAACUUGUUUGGACCUCCAACCUUUGAGCAUCCUCAACCUUCUUCCUCUUCAUAUUCUAGCAGAGAGGCAUCACAAAAACAAUCAUAUUUACCCUCUUGAAUGAAUACUCUUAGGUUUCAUGUCUUUUCUCCUUUUUGAGUAAUAUACAAACUUGUAUAUGAUUUGGUGACAAUGAGGAAAGUGUAUAGUGGAGGGAAAUUCAGUUGAUAUGAAUAUUCAACAGCCUGUGGUACUUUACUAUACAAUUAGGAGACUUGGUUUAUUUUUGCAUAUCAUACUCCUUUUAGAAAAAUGAUAGGGAGGAGUAGCCGUAAGAACCAGAAUAGGAGAUUGAUAUUAUGGCAGCUAGAGAAGCAGCAUACAACAACAGUCAUAUUUACUUUUGAAUCAAGACUUUCAGAGUUCA